AUGAAACCGAUAAUAGCGGUCAGAGUAACAAUAUUUACCCUACUUUGGGCUCAAGUGCGAAAAGGUAUCCACACAAGUGGUGUGAUUUGGUUUUACUUACUUCUAGCCGUGAUAUGCGGUGCGCCGACACUUCACGGCCACAUCUAUUGGCAUCGGCCACCCGUUUACGAAUGGAUACUAUUUUGCACCUCAUAUUCGGUGAUCAUUAUAUUGUUUUUCAUCUACUGUUUCGCCGAUAGUUUGCCGCAAAAUGAAAAGUCAGAGACAACGGGACUCAACUGUCCCAAAGACAGCGCAUCUUUUAUCUCACGAUUGGUGUUCUCGUGGUUCACAGGACUGGCGAUACAGGGCUGGCGAAAGCCGUUGACGGUUCCCGACCUCUGGGGUGUUAGGGAUGGCGACAAUUGCGGCAAAAUAUACACUAUAUUUAAUAAAUAUUGGGUUUCGUUGGAAAGAAAACAAAACAAAAAGAUUGAAAAAUCACUACAAAAUGAAUUUAAUAGCAAAACGAAUGGCAAAAACGGAUUUCACGGGUCGGGCGAUGGAAAGGCGGCGCUGAAGCGGCAAACGUCUAAAUCAGACGAUAAGUCGCCAAAAAUAAAAGUAGGGAUUAUGUCGACAAUGUUCCGGACCUUCUGGUUCUACUUCCUCGCCGGUGCCUUCUUUAAGCUGCUCAACGAUGUCCUCACUUUCCUUAAUCCGCAAAUUAUGAAAAUAUUAAUGGCAUACAUAAGCGAUAAGGAGGAGGAGUAUUGGCACGGCUUUGUAUACGCGGUGCUGCUGUUUGUGGCCACAGGUCUUCAGAUACUGACACUGAACUACUACUUCAACCGAAUGAUGGUCAUUGGGAUGCGGAUCAGGACCUGUUUGGUGGCCGCCGUGUAUCGCAAAUCACUGCGUCUGUCAAAUACGGCCAAAACCCAGUCGACGACCGGCGAGAUCGUGAACCUGAUGGCAGUGGACGCCCAGCGGUUCAUCGAAAUGACACCAUUUAUUAACCUGAUUUGGUCGGCGCCCCUCCAGAUCCUACUCGCCAUGUAUUUCCUGUGGCAAGAGUUGGGUAUCUCUGUGUUGGGAGGGCUGGCAGUGAUGGUCGUUAUGAUACCCAUCAACGGCUACAUCACUAGUAUAUCGAAAAAAUUGCAAAUCAAACAAAUGAAACUCAAAGACAGUCGAGUGAAGGCCAUGAAUGAGAUCCUGAAUGGGAUCAAAGUGUUGAAACUGUACGGUUGGGAACAGGCGUUUAUGGACGACAUUCUGGUCAUACGUAACAAAGAGAUGAAUAACUUGAAGACAAUCAAUUACAUCGGAUGCGUCCUCCAGUGUCUGUGGUAUUGCGCGCCGUUCUUCGUCUCUCUGGUCUCGUUUGCCAUUUAUGUGUCCAUCGAUUCCGCCAACCAAUUGACGGCCGAAAAGGCGUUCGUAUCGCUCGCUCUCUUCAAUAUACUCCGAUUCCCGCUCACAAUGCUUCCCAAUUUGGUCACCAGUAUUAUCAUGACAAGCGUUUCGGUGAAGCGAUUGAAUAAAUUCUUAAACGCAUCCGAAUUGAGUGGUUAUGUGACCAGAGAUUUGGAUCAUAAACAUGCCAUUAAUGUGAGAAACGCGUCAUUCAAUUGGAAGAAAGACACCGACGAGACCGCCGAAGAAGAGUCUAAUCACUCGACUCUUAGUGGUAUCAACUUUGAGAUCAAGAAGAACUCGUUUGUGGCGAUUGUCGGGUCUGUCGGCUCCGGAAAGAGUUCACUACUGAGCGCAUUGUUGGGCGAUAUGGAGCUCGAAAACGGAUCCGUUAACAUCUGUUCCUCGCAGAAGAUAGCGUACGUUCCCCAACAGGCGUGGAUCCAGAACUCGAGUCUCAAGAAUAACAUAUUGUUUGGCAAACCAUUAGAUGAUAAACGAUAUCAACGAGUGAUC